AUGAAAAAAAUCAACUUCUUCGUCCUGCCGGUGUUGAAUCCGGACGGCUACGAGUUCAGUUGGUCGAAGGACAGAAUGUGGCGAAAAAAUCGGAGACCGGGGCCCGGCAACAGAAAGGAUUGCCCCGGCGUUGACUUGAAUCGAAAUUUCGACAUGGAAUGGGGCUUCGGCGGUGAGGAGGGCUCCAGCGGGGACCCGUGUGAGGAAAGCUAUCGUGGAACCGCCGCCGAUUCCGAACCCGAAACCAAAGUUUUCAUUGACUACGUCAAAAGGAAUCUUCCUAAAAUUAAGGGCUUCGUAACCUUCCACUCGUACAGUCAAUUGAUCAUGUAUUCGUACAGUUAUACAAACAAACUGCCCCGUAAUUACAAGAAGAUACAUGAACUCGGAGAACGAGCGGCCCGAAAUGUUCGGAGGGUCACCGGAGCAAAUUAUACGGUUCAAGCCUCUGCGGUGAUGUACCCUGCUGCUGGAGUGUCGGACGAUUGGGCUUUUCAGCAGAGGAUCCCAUACGUGUACUGCGUGGAGCUCAGGGAUACUGGGGAUAAUGGGUUCAUCCUCCCCCCUUCUGAGAUCGUCCCAACCGGGCAAGAUGGACUCGAGAUUAUCAAAACCAUAGCUGAGGAAGUAGUUAAAUUACCGCGCUAGAGGCGUAGAAACAAGUUCUGUUACUACCAAAUGAUGUUUAAAAAGAAACGUACUAAAAAUUACUCGAAAAAUCCUUAGAUACAAACGAGCGUAAAAUUAUAGUAUAAAAUCGAAACUGGACCAAAAACUGUAUUAGACCUGUACAAUUUUUCAUCUUUUAGUUGUAAUAAGUAGAUUUUAAUAAAGCCUUUUGGAACGUAUGUA